AUGGCAGAUACAGAUACUCAAGACAAUACAACAACGACAACAGAGAACAAACCAAAACAGUUUGUAAAGAAGAAGGAUAGAAAGGAUUUAGAGAUACCAGAGGGUGUGGAUCCUUGGAAGGCCGUACCGUUGAGCAGAGAUGAUGUGCCAAAGCGUGUGCUCUACGACGACUCUUCAUUCUCUACACUGUUUCCCAAGUACAAAGAGAAGUACUUGAGAGAGAUAUGGCCAUUGGUCGAGAAGCAAUUGGGCGAGCAUGGUAUCGUCUGUAAGAUCGACCUGUUGGAAGGAAGCAUGUCUGUCACCACCACCAAAAAGUGUUGGGACCCUGUUGCUAUCCUAAAGGCACGUGAUCUCAUCAGGCUACUCUCUCGUGCCGUACCCUAUAUUCAUGCAAGCAAGAUUAUGGACGACGAGAACAACUGUGAUAUCAUCAAGAUUGGAGGAUACAUGAGGAAUAAGGAGAGAUUCAUAAAGAGAAGACAGAGAUUGUUGGGACCUGAUGGAGCCACACUCAAGUCAAUUGAGUUGCUGACAAAGUGCUACGUGAUGAUACAGGGAACGACGGUGGCCGCCAUCGGCCCAUGGAACGGCCUGCUUCAGGUGCGAAAGAUCGUCGAGGACUGCAUGAAGAACAUACAUCCCAUCUAUAACAUCAAGGAGCUGAUGAUUAAGCGCGAGCUGAUGAAGGACGAUUCGCUCAAGAACGAGUCGUGGGAGCGCUUCCUGCCCAAGUUCAAAAAGACGAAUGCGCCCUCCAAGAAGGCGCCCAUCGCCAAGAAGAAGAAGGACAAGAACGCGGCGCCAUUCGCACCGGACCAGAUGCCAAGAAAGAUCGAUAUCGAGAUGGCCUCUGGAGAGUACUUCCUGUCGUCGGCCAAGAAGGCCGAGAAGUUGAGGUUGGAGCGCGAGGCCAAGCAGGCUGGAAACUUGGCCAAACGUCAAGAAGAGCGUGCCAAGGCAUUUGUUGCGCCAGCCGAGAAGUCCAAGUCAUCCAACGAUGGUUCGUCCGAAUCACAGUUCACCAACACAUCAGAGUCGCUUCAAAAGAUCAAAUCAAGUUUAGGCAAUAAGAAGAGGAAGGAGACUGAAUCACUGAGUGCUGAUGACUUCAUCCAGAAGAAGAACAAGAAAUAA